AAGUAAAAUAUAGCCCGUGGAAACUAAUUUGUUUUGACAUCACCCUGAAGCCGUAGAAAUCGAGCAGAUGCUCCACAUUGAUUUAGAAUACUGAAGAACUGGGAUAUGAAGACAUACUUAUCAGAAAUGUAAAAGAUGAUGGAAGUAGAGUGGUGGAAAAACAAGAUCUCUGGAGACAUUUAUGAGACUUUGCGCACAAAGGAACAAAACUUGCCUCCAUACCAUGGACACUCCCCACAGAUGUGGUUCAGACGCCACCUUGUGGACUGGCUUGCCAUUGUGGUGGAGACAUUUUAUCUGGGUUCUACCUCACAGCAUUUAGCUAUUCACUUGCUAGACUUCUUCAUGGAUAAACUGGAGGUGGACCAAAGUCAUCUGUAUCUCUUGGCAAUGGCUUGUUUAUCCAUCUCAGUAAAGUUUGAGGAGCAUUGCGACAGAACUCUGAGACUGAGCAGUCUAAAUCAGUUGUUACCCUCUCACAGUCUCCUAGAUGUUGGCUACUCGGCCCCUGAGAUGAUGAACAUGGAGAUCACGGUGCUAAACUUUUUUGAUUGGUCACUAUCCAUCCCCACAGUUGCUCAGUUUGUGCCAUAUUUUCUUGUGGUUGCGGUGGAUGACUGUGACCUAAUUGAUGGACUUCCUCUUUCAUCCAAGACUGCUGUGAAAGAAUGCCUGGAGAGACACACAAAGUACUUCAUGGAGAUCUCCUUACAAGACCAUGUUUUUCGGGAUUAUGCACCCUCUUUGAAAGCGGCCAGUUGUAUUGCAGCAUCACGUAUUUCACUGCGACUAACACCGACAUGGCCUCAGCAGCUUCAGCUGAUGACUGACUAUUUCCUGGAGGAACUGUUACCCUGUGUAAAUGUCAUGCUCAGAUUCCAGAAGAAAGACAGGCAGUUUUCCCAAUGUAUGACUGCUGUGGUUCCCCAGUUUACCAUGGUUACCAAUCACUACCCCUCAGACAAUACUGCAGGUUACUACGGCAGUGCUCAUUGUUACCCCACAACCUAUGUUAACUCCCAGCUUAUGAUAUACCCAGAAAGUAAACCGCAGCUCUCCAUGUGUAGAGGCUCCUGACAGAAGAUGGAUUUCCGAUGUUACAUUCCAUAGUGCCAUAUUGGUUUCCCACAGUGCUAGGAUGGGGUAGCCUCCCUUGAGAUUUGGUGCCAUUUUUACCUGUGUUCAUGUUCCAUAUUUUGAUACAUUGAUUUUACAGAUUCUGAAGUAGAUAUAUUUUGUAUCAUCAUUUCACUCAUUGUUCAUUUUUCUCUUUUUUUCACAUUUUACUAGUAACUUUAUUAAGAAAGUGCAUAAAUGAAAUGAAUUCAAGUAUUUUGAAAUGAAAGCUUGAAGGCCAACUUCAGUUAAAUUGCAGCAACUUGAAUGAAAUCAUUGUAACAUUUGUUGAAGAGUGUUAAUUUUUAUUUAUAUAUAGGACAGAAUAUCUUAUGUCAUUCAGUAUAUACUCUUAAACCUCACAAAAGCCAGGAAUUAAAAGCAGGACAUCUGAUACGUAUAUAUGUUUUGAUAAAUUAUCAAUAUCACUAUACAUGUAUAUACAUUUCAUUGAAGAAUUCUUUUCAAUUCUGUUUGCCUUAAAUUUCUUCUGAAUGGCUGUAGCAAUGUCCUUGCCUGAUCAAAUAUUAUAAGUGAAUCUUUUUCAUUCAAUAUUAGAUUCUAUGUUCACAAACCCAGUAUAUUGAGAUAUUUCCUUUUUUAUUUUUGCUUCUUUCAUUAUAAAUUGUUUGCCUUGUCAGUUGAUCAGUGUUACAAUAUUUAAAGUGUCAAAACUAGCACAGUCUGUGUAUAUGUUUUUGAAGAUUUUUUUUAAACCUUGAAGCUUACACUCAAUAAUCAUAUUUAAAAUCCCACUCAAACUCCCAUCUUGGAAGCCAGGACGGACAUUGUAAAAACUUAAUUUGUCUUCAGCUAUUCCUCUGUAUAUAUGUUCAGUAUUUUGUUUUACACUAUAGGUAUAUUGAGUGGUAAGCUACAUUGUAUAGCUGACAUUUAAUGUGUUCAUGUAUAAAUAAUACUUUUUUCCUGAAGAGCUUGAACCAUCCAUUUAAUUGUGUAGCACGGAUAUCAAUAACUUGUGUACUAUUGAUUCUUGGGGGGAAAGUUCUGACUUAACUUUCAUCCAAAUAUUGUCUGAAACUGUAGUCAAGAUCUUUAAAAACAGUGAAUUUACAAUUCUUAGAAAUUGUCUUUAGUUUAUGCUGUGAUGAGAAUUAAAUUUCUCAUCUUCAGGAAUUGGGAAAAAAGUUCUGUGAUCUCUUUCCAUUUUGUGUCAAGUUUUCAUGAAUUUGUUGAAAGUGCCUUAAAUGUUUGUUGGAAUAAAAUAACAGUUUUUAA